GUAAAGUAACUUUAACAGUAUAGCUACUGUGAUAGUAAAGUAACUUUAACAGUAUAGUAACUGAGGAGUAACUGUCCAGAAUGAAGAUUCUCCAUGUUGUCUCCUGCUGUCUCCUCUCAGCUCUGUGUGUUGUGGAGUCAGAUGUCAUGAAUGUGAAGGGGGUGGUAGGAGGACAUGUGAUGUUCGGCUGCUCGUUCACAUUGGCAGCGAACAACAACAAAUACUUCUGCAGGGGGACAUGUUCUGAUAGAGACAUUCUGGUUAAAACGAAGGGGAGCAAGAAUGUAUCUCAAGAUAGAUACAGUAUAGAAGACAAGGGAGAUGUAUUCUAUGUGACCAUCAAGAACCUGAUGAAGACAGACUCUGGGACCUACUGGUGUGGAGUGGACAGAUCUAUAAAAGAUUCAUACCAAGAGGUGCAUCUCACAGUUAUAUUUGGUCUGAGUCUCUCCUCCUGUCUGUGGUCAGGUAUGAUGGUGUGGACCAGUGUUGGUCUGGUAGUCAUGGUGACAGUGUUAGGACUGGUCCUGCUCCUGUUCUACAGACAGAGGAGAGGAACCAGGAGAACACCACCACCAGUCUCCUCCAACACACAACCUGACCCUACUGGAGAGGUUGACUGUGUGUAUGAGGAGAUCAGAGAGGCAGACAGACAGACAGACACACUCCCUGUGGUCAUCUCUUCAGUCAACUCCAAUAUCAACUCACCUACCAACUCUACAACCUACCCUGCUGGCCAAGCCUCAACAACCCACCCUGCUGGCCAACCCUCUACAACCUACCCUGCUGGUCAAGUCUCUACAACCUACCCUGCUGGCCAUGCUACCGGUGUCCCACACUGUGACAUCUAUGCUAACGCUAGCUGCCACAAAGAUGAUAUAAAUCCAAGCUAUUCUACUGCAGAUCAACCAGCUUCUCUCAUCUACUCCAGUGUGGAUCUACCCAAAGAUUCGAGAGUCUCUUCAAGACCUGCAACAGCCAGUGGUUCCCAGGAUGAUUCCAUCUAUUCUACAGCCCAGCUACCCAAAGAUACUGUAGAAUCUACAAGAUACCCUGAUGUAGACCUCUCUAAAGACACUCCAGAAGAUGCCAUCUGCUCUACAGCCCAGCUACCCAAAGAUACUGUAGAAUCUACAAGAUACCCUGAUGUAGACCUCUCUAAAGACACUCCAGAAGAUGCCAUCUGCUCUACAGCCCAGCUACCCAAAGAUACUGUAGAAUCUACAAGAUACCCUGAUGUAGACCUCUCUAAAGACACUCCAGAAGAUACCAUCUACUCUACAGCCCAGCCACCCAAAAUAAUGUAGUAGUAUAUAAUCUCUACAAGAGAUGCAUCUGAAAUGACAUCCUAUUAUCUUCCCCCAUUUGGACCCUGGUCAAAGGCAGUGUUCUAUAGAGAACAAGGUGACAUCUGGGAUGAAGAGAAGCUCCCUGUAGAGAGAUGAAGGGUUGUCACCACAGAGCCGCCAUCUUGGAAUGACAUGAAGAAAACAAUCCCUUUCCUGUUUCAUAUCCUCCUUGAUAUUUUGUAUUAAAACAGCUCAUGUGGUUUUACUGUAUAUAAUACAUGUAAAAUAUGUACAUCUGACUUCAAAAUCACUUUUAGUUCCAGAUUUUGUGAAAGUCAACCAACAUUAUUGUAAGUUUUUGUGUUUUGUCAUAUAAUUUUGCCUUCAUUUUGGCUGUUAUAAUAAUGAAGACAGUAAUACCAUAAUAGUCAGCUGUACCUUUGAGAUUUACUUAGCUAUUGUAUAUGUACAUAAACUGUGCCUUUUAAUGCAUUUCAUAAAAACUCAUCAAA